UCUAUGGGCCGCCGCUUGGGCUCCGCGGGGUCUGUCUGGAGCAUUUUGCAUCGGACUUGGUUGAUUACUUCCUGUACUCCAGAUCAGAAAUGAGGCAGCAGUCAUCAGCUGCCUUUUCUGAGGCUGACUGGUUUAAGAUGACUUCAUGGACUGUUCUCUUGGAGUCUUGUGUGUGUUUCUGAGAGCAACAGGCAAUGAAAAAAAAUCUUUGGAGAUGGUGACCUUUGAGGACGUGGCCGUGAACUUCACCUGGGAGGAGUGGCAGACCCUGGACCACGCUCAGAGGACCCUCUACCGGGACGUGAUGCUGGAGACCUACCGGAGCCUGGCGUCCCUGGGGCAUUGCGUGACCAAACCUGAGGUGAUCAUCAGGUUGGAGCAAGGAGCAGAGCUGUGGAUGGUGGAAGGAUGCCCGUGUGAGAGGCUCUCAGUUCAAGGACCCAUGAAGAUUCUAAUGGGUGGAGAAAUAGACUGUCUCAAUGGAAGUUUUGCAAGAGCACAUUACGAAAAAGCAUAUGGAAUGGGAAGUACUGUAUGACCAGUUUUGGAAGUUACAGGAUGACACCUUUAUGGCCAGGGAGUUCACAUAAUUUCCACAUGCAGUUAUGCCUUCUGUUGUGUCGGCAACGAAAAUCGUUGGGUUAGGCCCACGUUCUACAAAUACUCCCGAAGAGUGCUGCAGUUGCUGGGGAGAGU